CCCUCCGCCGCCCCCACCUCCUCGUCCGCACUUCUCACGAUCUCCGGCGGGGGCGGAGGAGGAGGAGGAGGCGGGGUAGGGUUCCGGGGGCUGCGGAAGCCGCCGCUGCGGAUCGUGGUCACGGGAGGGGCGGGGUUCGUGGGAGCCACCCUCGUCGACAAGCUCAAAUGCGCGCGGAACAGCGUCAUCGUCGUCGACAACUUCUUCACGGGGAGGAAGGAGAACGUCGCGCACCACCUCCGCAACCCUAGGUUCGAGCUCAUCCGCCACGACGUCGUCGAGCCGAUCCUGCUCGAGGUCGACCAGAUCUACCACCUCGCCUGCCCCGCCUCCCCCGUCCACUACAAGCACAACCCCAUCAAAACCAUCAAGACAAAUGUGAUGGGAACAUUGAAUAUGUUGGGAUUGUCCAAGAGAAUUGGUGCUCGCUUCUUAUUAACGAGCACCAGCGAGGUUUAUGGGGAUCCGCUUGAGCACCCGCAGAAGGAGACGUAUUGGGGGAAUGUUAAUCCUAUAGGUGUUAGGAGCUGUUAUGACGAGGGCAAAAGGACAGCUGAAACAUUAACCAUGGAUUACCAUCGUGGCGCUGAUGUUGAGGUGCGAAUUGCACGGAUAUUCAAUACAUAUGGCCCUCGCAUGUGCAUAGAUGAUGGACGAGUUGUAAGCAAUUUUGUUGCACAGGCCCUUCGUAGACAACCAAUGACAGUUUAUGGUGACGGAAAGCAGACUCGAAGUUUCCAAUAUGUAUCUGAUUUGGUUGAUGGCCUGGUGGCCCUAAUGGAAGGUGAUCACAUUGGACCCUUUAACUUGGGGAAUCCAGGAGAGUUCACCAUGUUGGAACUUGCCAAGGUUGUAAAGGAGACGAUUGACCCAAGUGCGACCAUUGAGUUUAGACCCAACACUGCCGAUGAUCCUCAUAUGAGGAAACCGGACAUAACCAAGGCCAAGCAGCUGUUGAAUUGGGAACCAAAGAUCUCUCUUAGAGAAGGGCUUCCGUUGAUGGUGACCGACUUCCGCCAAAGAGUAUUGAGCGAGCAGUCAUAAACCAAAGAAACAAACAUUAUUUAUCGAAUACGAGACAACUGAAGUACCAUUGAUUAAAUUUGUUCAUGUCUUGAUAAUUUUAGAGUCAUCAAAUUGUAAUACUUUAUAUUUAGCCUUCUGAUGUUUAUAUAGGUGAUCUAGUUUGGACUAUGUUGGCUAGUUUCAUCUUAAGCAUGAUGUGUAGCAACUUUAAUAAGCACCAAGUUGAUUAUUUGUGUUUGUACCAAAAGGAUGUUUUAGAAGUGAAUUGAUUGAAAGCCAUUUUAGCCCCAA